AUGGCCUUCAAAGUCUUCUUGGGCUUGGGAGCCUCGAUCGCAUUAAUUUCUCCUGCAGCCAGAGCCGUAUAUUUCCCUGGAAUACCAGAACUAUUCGCUGUUAUUGAAACUAUUAUCGAGUUGAUUGAAACAGCAAAAUGUAAUAGAGAAGCAUUACCUGUCAUGAAGGAAUAUAUGAUUGAAGUAAGGAAUACAAUCAAAGAACAUGAGAACUUAAUCAACCGAGAACACACUCCCGCUUUAAUGAACGCAUUAAAUGAUUGGGAGAAAUUUUUGUUUCAAUAUACCAAACCCAAAAUGAAGAAGCUGCUGUCUAUUCUCACCGCCGAUAAAACGAGCAGAAAGAUACAAGACCUAUUUAAUAAUCUGUCGAAUGCUCUCACAAGUGCCAGUUUACACGUAAACUUGGAUAGCAAUAGGAUUUUGAAUCAAUUACAGAAUAAGCAGAAUAUUAUUGACCGCAAACUAGAUAACAUAACGGAUAAUCAUGCUUCAACAAGCAAUAAACUGGAUAAAAUACUUAAACUGCUUGUUGAAGACGAGUUUGUUACUACUGCGUAUUUCCAUAAUGGCGCUCCCUUGGCAAAGGAGGUAAUAGAAGAGCUAAAAUUACAACCUCAGUGGUUCAAACCUGCCACUGACACUCACACUGCCGAGAACGGGUUGACAAAAGUUAUGUAUUGCAAUGCUUCUGAAGUCGCAAAGAUUCACAUCGGGGUUGUUGGCGACAACAUUGAGAGGUACUAUGUACAAGCCUAUAUUAGUACCAAAUUGAACAGCGAUCUAUUCGCGAAGAAUUUUGGAAUUAUGCAAGAAGAAAACAAUUACUACAUGAUUACGGAAUGGCCAUCAUUGGGAACGCUCCAUGCAUAUCUCAAGCAGUAUAGAGACAUUACCUGGAAAGAAAGGAUAAGAAUGGCGGUUCGCUUGGCAAGAGCAGUGGCUUUUUGUCAUAGUAAGCUCAUUGUGCAUCAUGACAUUUGUAGCCAUAAUGCUAUUGUAGACAAGUCUCGCAACGUCAAAUUGGGUAACUUCCAUCGUAGCAGAGGAUUAAAAGAUAUUACGACUACUGUUAAAGGAGAAACGGAGAAUGUUAGAUGGCUAUGUCCUGAAAAAGUGAGAGAUGGCACGAUUUCCUACACAAAAGAGGCUGAUGUAUACAGUUUCGGUAUGCUUAUGUGGGAGAUCACUUCUCAUGAAGUUCCCUUUGCAGACAAGACUUAUAGCGAAGUGUUCGAACAGCAAAAAAAGCCAUUCAUUCGCCCACCGAUCGUUGAUGGCACCCCCAAAGCCUAUGAAAAGAUAAUGCGAGGCUGUUGGGCGCAGAACCCCAUCUCUCGUCCGGCAAUGGAAGUUGUUGUAAAGGAACUCGAAAGUCUCGAGAGCAGCUAUGAAAACGACACCCAAAGCAUGUAUUCAGAAUCCGUAACCUCCACCGAGGAUGCUCCACCCCCCCCUCCACAAUCCAACGUAACGAUCCAAACAGCUAUUACAUUACACAACCAAAAAAAUCACAAAGAAGCCUAUGAUCAAUUCAAAAUCCUGGCUGACGCCGAAACGCCCGAUGCUCGGGCCAAUUUCUAUGUCGGUUUAUAUCUAAUAGAUCAGAAAAUCCAACAUGACAAGGACCCUGAUAUAGGAGAAAGUUACCUCGAGGUAGCAUCCGAAUUAGGAUUUACUCAAGCUGUUCAAUACCGUGCUCAAUCGAAAAUGGCCGCUGCGACGGAAUUGCGGAAAAAGUUUUUGGCUGCAGGACAAGAAGAAGAUGCAGACGCAAUUCAGCAAAGAAUGAAAUCCGAGUGUUUGCCAUUAUUUUUGCAAGGUGCAAAUAGUGGUGAUCUGCGCUGUAUGAAGGACUUGGCUCAUUAUGGAGCGAAUCUAGGAGAUGAGGACAGUUACAAACGGGGAGUGAAAAUGUUGGAGGAUAAACUUACACAGCAAAUUUCUGAAAAGGAUAAGAAGACUAUAAAUGACUACUUAACGCGUCUGGAAAAGCUUGGUGAAAAUUUUAACAAGGAAUAG